AUGCAACUGGUCAUCUAUCUAUCUAUCUAUCUAUCUAUCUAUCUAUCUAUCUAUCUAUCUAUCUAUCCCAGUCUGUUCAUAUCUAUCUAUCUAUCUCAGUGUAUUAAAAUCUAUCUAUCUAUCUAUCUAUCUAUCUAUCUAUCUAUCUCAUCUUGCCAUCUAUCUCGGACUGGUCAUCUAUCUAUCUAUCUAUCUAUCUAUCUAUCUAUCUAUCUAUCUGAGUCUUCAUCUAUCUAUCUAUCUAUCUAUCUAUCCCAGUCUGUUCAUAUCUAUCUAUCUAUCUAUUUAUCCCAGUAUAUUCAUAUCUAUCCCAGUCUAUUCAUAUCUAUCUAUCUAUCUAUCUAUCUCAGUCUCUUAAAAUCAAUCUAUCUCAGACUUGUCAUCUAUCUAUCUAUCUAUCUAUUUAAGUCUGUUCAUAUAUAUCUUUCUAUCUCGGCCAUCUAUCUAUCAACACCUAUCAUCUAUCUAUCAACACCUUGUCAUCUAUCUAUCUAUCUCAAUAUGGACAUCUAUCUAUCUAUCUAUCUAUCUAUCUCAAUAUGGACAUCUAUCUAUCUAUCUAUCUAUCUAUCUAUCUUAAUAUGGACAUCUAUCUAUCUAUCUCAAUAUGGACAUCUAUCUAUCUAUCUAUCUCAAUAUGGACAUCUAGCUAUCUAUCUAUUUAUCUAUCUAUGUAGCAAACGAAGGUUUGUUAUCUUUUAUUUUUUAGAAAUUCUUCAGUCUAAUUUAACGGUUGGAAUUAAUUUCUUUUCAAUUAAACAAAAAUAA